AAAUACAGUUUACUUUUUACUUUAAUAAGGCGCUGAGAGAACAAUCGAAGUUAUGUACGCCUACAUAAUUAUAUGUUGUAAAGUUAUCAAAAACUUUUUGGAGGUCAAAAUCAUGUAAACUACAAAAGUUCAUUGUACUGGUCUUGUAACACGGAAGCGUGACGUAAUAGAGUGUGUAGUUAAACAAAAACAACUUGGUCUAAUCACAGAGAUAAGCUAUUUACACAGAUGUUUUAGGAUAUACCCGGCGUAUAUAAAAGGAACGCGACAAUUAGCCGGCGUUUGAGUCCAAAAAAUAAACUAAAAUGAAACACAACGCUUACAGAUCCAUAAUAAUAAUACUGCUCUGCCAACUACUGAGCGUUGCUGCGCUAUUCGACGCUAAGCACAACACAACCACAACACGGGAGCCUCCAAAGCAGUUAGAGAGUUCUGUGGGACGCAUUGUGGGCGGCUUUGAGGCGCACAUCCACCAAAUUCCAUACCAAGUGUCCAUCCAGCAGGAAGGUGUGCACCGUUGCGGUGGCGCCAUUUAUAGCGCUACAAUCAUAGUGAGCGCUGCACACUGCUUCGAGUUAUGGGAUAUGCCGGAGUUGUUUGCCGUGCGCGCCGGUUCGUCGGAACAUGAACGCGGUGGCGUUUAUCUGCCAGUGCGACGCAUUUUCGUACACGCGCAAUUUCAGCCAGCUAACGGUGUUGGCGAUGAUAUAGCCGUAGUGGCGGUGACUUAUCCACUACCCUUCAGCAUAAAUAUUCAACCGAUACCUUUGGCUUCCAGCGCCGAUAUGUCAGAUGCAUAUCGUUCGGUAUACUUCGUCAGCGGUUGGGGUUCUCUGGCGGAAGGUUCGCGUCUGAGGUCGCCACGCUUACGCUUUGUGACUGUAAAACAAUUCGAGCAGCGCGCUUGCAAGGCAGCUUACAGCCGCACGGUGCAUAUAACCGAGGGUAUGUUGUGUGCCGGUGCGCUGGGUGGUGGUCGCGAUAGCUGUCAGGGCGAUUCUGGUGGUCCUCUGGUUGGUUAUGCGCAUGGCCGCUUUGUUUUGGUGGGUGUGGUGUCAUUCGGCAUCGGUUGUGGACGACCAGGGCUUCCCGGCAUUUAUACACGGGUUGCAGAGUAUAAAGACUGGAUCGAGUUGGCGGCGAAGCAGAUUUGAUACGGAUUAUUAGAAUUCAGUAGAUCUAAGUUUUAAUUUAUUUUUAUAAUAAAGCCCAAAUCAAUUUGUAUAUAAUUAUAGUUAUAAUUAUAGUUGUGUUAAACAUCUAGAUUUAAAAAAUAAAACGCGCAGAGUUUAGUCUAUUAGAA